UCUGGGUUGGAUCUGAAGUUUGACCUCGUGGCGAGCGGGAUAGCGGACAAAUUAAUUGUCCUCCAGCUAGUCACAACGAGUCCUCUACCUGUUUCGCGCUUUGAAGUCGUACCAGGAAUUAUAGUUCAUCAAAUCAACGAGAAUCUGUACUCGAAAAUUGGGAUUAGCCGCAGUGGUGAAUGUUAUAGGCGGAAGAGAUUUGAGUACCGCGAAUCGCUAUACCGUGGACUGACUCAUGCAUAAGUAUAUAAAGAGGAAAUAUCUCAUUCCCCGAUGCCUCCAAUGAGUUUAACAGUCAAUGCUUCGUCUCAAGCAGCAGCAGCAGCAGCAGCCCAACAGCAACGCUCACCUAAGUGCGCUCGCUGCAGAAACCAUGGAGUUAUUUCCAUCCUCAAAGGACACAAACGAUUCUGCAAAUGGAAGGAUUGUACUUGCCCUGAUUGUAACCUGAUUGCAGAAAGACAACGAGUUAUGGCUGCUCAAGUUGCUCUGCGAAGACAACAAGAAAGUGAAGAAAACGCAGUUCAUUUUCCGUAUGGUGGCGGACAAGUACCGGCUUAUUGCUGCAACGCUUCCGUCCCAAGAUCGCAUGAAACAAACUCCGACGAUUCUAUGUCUCUAAAGGAUGGUUCAGUGCGACCAAAAACGCCUAUUUCGCCAGUUCCUAGUAACGGUAGUACUGCUUCUUUCCGCAGUGAAAGAGGAAAUUCGCCUUGCUCAACACCUACAGCAUCUAGAGGUGAAACGACAAUGGAUAACAACUACGAACGCAAAUGGAAACGCCAACGUUCCGAGGAUGAGGAAUGCCUCGCCAACGGUGAACAGGACGGCCCUGACGGCAAAAGAAUGCGAAGUAGAAGCAUAAAUUUAGCRUACAGCAGCUACGAAGGAGAGGAGGCUCGUAGAUCGGAGCAUAUACGAUAUUUGAGUAUCCUGAUGCGGUUAUUUCCAGAACAGAAGCAAAAUGUUUUAGAGUUAAUUCUAAAAGGAUGUGGAGGAGAUAUUGUUCAAACUAUUGAAUGUGUUCUACCAAGCCACGAAGAAGCUAGAGCUCGCGGUCCUCCCUCUGGCCUACCAACUAUCUAUCAGACACAAACAAGCGCCCUCAGUAAUGGUUUGUCAGCGUUUUCACCAUAUGCGCUUGCAGCAGCGCGUCAAGCUAUGCCUCUAAGUCCUUCCGAAUGUCGCCCAUCACAGCCUUGCGCUGGUAUAAAAUGUCCAACCUGCGUGUUCUACCCAGGAAUAGGACCUGUACAUCUUAGCCCGGCUCAAAUGUGUGAGCUCUCAGCAAGAGAGCUAUCAUCUAGACGACCUUCUCGCGGUUCCCCGGACGCUAGAUCGCCAUCUGCAGAACAAAAAGUCCCUCUAACUCAAGAACGCAAGCCAUCACUUGAAGAGAUUGCAGAUUCUCAGAGAGUUCGUUCUGCAACAGCUGCGCUGAUGUCCAUGAGUUCUCUGCCUAUCUCAAGGGAGAGAAAUUCUGUUAUCAAAGACAAUCAUUCGGCUUCCUCGGAAAACUCGCCAACAAGAAGCUCUGCCGGGGACUCCUACUCGCCAAGCCAUUGAAGGAACACUAUAUAAAAGUCGUACCUCAUACUAGACUCUAACACUCGACGAAAUAAUGGAUUUGGUCAUCAUAUGUCCGCUUGGCAAAUGUUGGGCAAAUAUGGUGCUCUAUAUUUGCCCAUACAUUUGCCUAUGCAGGCAAAGGUCGGGGUAAAUUUCUAAUAAAUUUGCCAUUGCUU